ACAACCAAGGGGACAGAUGUCGCGGCCGUCGUCCGUUCGACCGAAAGUUGGCGCUCGCAGUCUUUCCGUUGUCAAUAACGGACGCAGUGUCCCGGCACGAAAAUUGCGGAAACGUCUCGUUUGUUCGAGUUGUCGCGGGUUCGCCUGGGCUGGAAGAUCAAAGAAAAGAAGACGCGUCGCCGCGCGUGACACGCGAGCUACCGUUCGAGGAUCCGCGAAACGGGCGUGCCUUGGCCACUCGGCGACGUCCCCCGCGCGAAAAUACACGGCGGCGGCACGGCCGAUUCCGACCGCGACUGCGACUGCGACGGACGGCACAAAGGGGACACGACGAGGACGAACAUUUCGCGAGGAGCCGCGCGAGAAACGCUUCAACGUCCACUUCGGCGAGCGGAGAGGCAAAACGGUGACGUAUUCGGUAACUGGUACAGGAACAGGUACAAAAAGCUCGAUCGCCGGAUCAGGAACAAGAACGGGGACGACGCGUGAAAGGAAAACUAUCGCGGUGCGGAACGGGCCGAGCCAACGCGUCGCAUCGCCGCGCAAUUUUGAAUACGAACCAGCCCGUAACUGUCAACGGUCGGAUUCGGAAGAUUCGCGAACGGACGGCGUACCGCUGAGUCUCGUUUGCCACGAUAUCGCGGUCGUUCGGUUGCCCGGUGAACAGCCGGCUAUUGCACGGUGCUGGCUACGGCGCGAGACCGCCGCUAAAUGACCAUGGAUCAGGACAUGUACGACAUCGGAACCGGAUGCAGCAUCAAUAUCAAGAGAACGGACGGUCGUGUCCACUCGGCGGUCGUUUCCGGAGUGAACUGGGAACAGCGGACCGUCACCGUGGAAUGGUUCGAGCGAGGGGAAACGAAAGGAAAAGAGGUGGAGAUCGAUGCGAUCCUCGCGCUGAAUCCCGAGCUGGCUAACCAGAGGACGAUGGCUCCGCCGCCGCCGCAGUCGCAGCCUCAGAUGAACAACCACGCCGUCGUGUCCUCCAGAGCAAGGGACUCCUCCGGCGAUGAGGACGAGGGGGUGGACGAGUCGGAGAUCCACGAGGAGGGCUCCCUUGGACGGCACGGCGGUCACGCGGCGAGAAACGGCCUUGCAUCCGCAACGCUUCCUCAUUCUACGAAGCAGUCGAUCCCGGUGAAAGCGGGCUUCAACAGGCAAAUCACGCGGCAGACGGGUAGGCCGACGAACAUAAUGACGCCCGCCGCGCCCCUGAACGGACACGGGGAUUCGGUGACCGGGCUGACGGCCCGACGAGAACUGGAGAACAUACCGCCGACGCCUACGACCUUCGACUUCAACGCUCCCGCUCAAGUGAAAUCGCGGCAACAGCAGCAACAGCAACAGCAGCAGCAGCAGCAGCAACAGCAAAUGCAAGUCCAGGUGGAGAAUGGACGCGGAAGGCGCUCGAACGUCGUGAAGGAAGUCGAGAGGCUGAAGAAGAACAGGGAGGAGCGAAGGCAGAGGCAAGCGGAACUCAAGGAGGAGAAGGAGGCUAUGAUGAACUUGGAUCCGGGCAAUCCGAACUGGGAGUUCCUCGCUAUGAUAAGAGAGUAUCAAAACAGCAUAGAGUUCAGACCGCUGCGAGAAUCCGACACUGUAGAGGACCAUCAGAUCACGGUGUGCGUUAGGAAGCGUCCGUUGAACAAGAAGGAGCACGCGCGCAAAGAAGUAGACGUGAUCAGCGUGCCCAGCAAGGACCAGAUGGUGGUCCACGAGCCGAAGGCGAAGGUCGACCUGACCAAGUACUUGGAGAAUCAGAUAUUCCGGUUCGAUUACGCGUUCGACGAGACUUGCACCAACGAGAUCGUCUACAAGUACACGGCGAAGCCGCUGGUCCAGACGAUCUUCGAGGGCGGGAUGGCCACCUGUUUCGCGUACGGCCAAACGGGAAGCGGAAAGACGCACACCAUGGGCGGUGACUUCAACGGGAAGACGCAAGACUGCAAGAAAGGCAUAUACGCCAUGGUCGCGAAAGACGUGUUCAAGUGUCUGAAGCUGGCCAAGUACCGGCCUCUGAAUUUGGUCAUAUCGGCUAGUUUCUUCGAGAUUUACUCCGGCAAGGUGUUCGAUUUGUUGGCGGACAAAGAGAAGCUCAGGGUCUUGGAGGAUGGCAAGCAGCAGGUGCAAAUCGUCGGGCUGACGGAGAAAGUGGUGGAGACCUGCGACGAAGUACUCAAGCUGAUUCAGCACGGCAACAGCGCCAGAACGAGCGGACAGACAAGCGCGAACUCGAACUCCUCACGGUCGCACGCAGUAUUUCAAAUUAUAGCGCGAACACCGGGCACGCACAAGGUCCACGGGAAGUUUUCUCUGAUCGAUCUCGCGGGGAACGAGAGAGGAGCGGACACGUCGUCCGCCAACAGACAGACCCGCAUGGAAGGCGCUGAGAUCAACAAAUCGCUGUUGGCUCUGAAGGAGUGUAUUCGAGCGUUGAGUCGCAAGGGCACGCAUUUACCGUUCAGAGCGAGCAAGCUGACGCAAGUGUUGAGGGACAGCUUCAUCGGCGAGAAAUCAAAGACUUGCAUGAUAGCGAUGAUCAGCCCAGGAAUGAGUUCUUGCGAGCACUCAUUGAAUACUCUGAGGUACGCUGAUCGAGUGAAGGAGUUGGCUGCGACUGAUCCGACGGAGGUGAAAGUUUCCCCCACAGACGAGGGUCGGGAGCCGACGAUCGAGGAGCAGUCGAACACUAGCGUCCUUUCUGACAGCGACCUGGCGCAGCUUCGUUCGCUGAAUGAAGGCGAGAUCUCGCAAGACUUGUACACUUUCCACGAGGCAGUGUCGGCACUGCAGAUGCUGGAGGAGGAAGUAUUGGACACGCACAAAGUGGUCAUUGAAAAUACAACCGGGUUCCUGAAUGACGCUCGCACCGUGUUCAGCGCGACGCACGAAGUAGACUACGACCAAGAAGCGUAUGCCCAAAAAUGGGAGCAACUACUGGUACAGCAGCGUGAUACCUUGAACGCCGCGCUAGAUCAAGUGAGUCAGUUUCGCGGACAGCUGUUGCAAGAGGAACAGAUCAGCCAGAAGAUGACGCGAACUCGUAACUUACGGCACAACUAAGUUGGGACUCUUUUAUGAAUGAGAGAGAGAGAGAAAGAGAGAGAGAGAGCAAGAAAGAGAGCGAGAGUAUGAGAGAGUGUGUGAGAGAGAGAGAGUGAGAGAGAGAGGAAGAGGACAAAGGGAGAGAAAAACGAGGGGCUGAGGAAGGGCGAAGAGAAAGAGAGAGGGAGAAUCGUGGAAUACGUAUUACAAAGGAGAGCGACGGAGCAACGACUGCUUGAACGGAGGAGAGAAGAUCGAGGGUUUAAAACGUCGACGACGUGGUCAAGAUGAUUCUCGAGCAGAAACGUCCGUCGCGUUAACGCUAGAACUACCGAGCAGUCGAAUCGAUCGAGUUCUUAUUUUUGUUUUUAAGGGAACUACGGUGUACCCGUUGGAAUAUUAUCUUGUAUUUUAGUUUUGCACGUUAAUGCGUCGAUUAACACGUUGAAUGUCAUAGAGCGAAAUGCAUAAGACGGAAAAUAUUAAAUUACUUGAUUGAACCGGAUGAUUAUACGUUCUAGCUGAGUACCACUUAGCUAGUAUUAUUUAUAACAUAGCACUAUAGCGAUUAGAUUCGACGGGGACCACCGGUGACCCCAUGGCAUUCAACGUGUUAAGAAUCUGUUAUAAAAGCAGUACCUUGUCAGUAGUUGUAAGAGAAGAAAUCAAAAGCGAGAUCCGACGUGUUUGGUAGUUCUAGUGUGAAAGGGUGCGGCGAAUGGAAAGGGAGGAUAGCUACAACACCGAUGAUACCGUCCACUGUUUUUCGCGAGUCGUUUGCCACGUUCCUUCGCUAUUCUGUACCUCUAUCGUUUCACCUGUUCACUGUCGUUUUCCCUCUUGCGUCCCUUCCUUCCCCUCCACCCUCUUCGCAGGCCAAGCCUCGACGAUCCUUUUCUCCUGUCGGAUAUCAGCAUUUAUCAUAGAGCAUCUCCGCGAAUCGAUGGUUACCAGGCGUUUGACUCAUCGCGAAUCAACACCUAAUUGCCUUCACGGUGUCGAUUGUUACAUAUCCGUCGUAAUUGGAACGUGGGACGACGUUCAUCGUACGCGCUUCACGCGAUCGAAUCAUAAGACCUAGGCGAGACACGGAAAAUUUCAAUUCACCGUUCACUCGAAUCCGCUCUUCGUGGUAUCAAGGCCGAGCUUCGGACCUAGGCUUACUUCCAUU